AUGUCCACACGGGGCCCCCAGAUUGCUCCCCGCACGAGCUUGGCGCCCUCGCCCUCGGCGUCGUCUGCCAUGGCGCUCAACUCCCUGUCGCCAGAAUCUGCCUCUCCAGGCUCCAACAUAGCCCCAGCGCCCAGUAGUCUGGUCACGUCUAUCGUCACAUCGCGUGAAUGGGUGCUUCCGCCACGCCCCAAGCCGGGCCGCAAGCCCAGCGUCGAUACGCCUGCGCUGAAGAGAAAAGCACAGAACAGAGCUGCCCAGAGGGCAUUCAGAGAAAGGAGGGCCACGCGUGUCCAGGAGCUCGAGCAGAAGCUCCUUGAGGUCGAGAAGGAGAAGGAGGUCAAGGAGAUGGGCCUCGUCAACACAAUCAACAAGUUGAAGUUCGAAAACCAGUUCCUUCUCAAGAGCAUCGAGCAGCUCAAGCUGGAGUUCCACAGCUUCCGCUCGUCCAUGGGCUCGCCAGCCUCGCCACACCAUCCUCCCAGCAGCGGGCCUUCGCCUAGAGCGUAUAGCCAGGGUCAAAACCAGGCUCCAAGCCAGUACCACAUGUCCCAGGGCUCUUCUGCCCAGAGAACUCAGCCAAACGGCUACCAGCGCAGCUCCCAAAGCUCCACGAGUUCCCAGGGCCUGCUGGCUAUGCUCCACGCCAAUCCCAACGCUUCCCAGAAGUCCCUGGCUUACAAUCUCGACGUCAACCAAAGCGCUCAGCAUUUGCUCAAUUUCGCCAAAUCGCUGCCUGCCAACCACUCCACGGGCUCUCCAGCACUGCUGCUGUACUCCGUGCAGCAGAUACUGCCCGCUCCCAGCGCCGACUCGCCUCCAGCUGCCCUGUUGUUCCGUCAUGUGCCUUCUAACAAGUCCAGCCUCAUCAGCCCUACUUCCCAGAACGCUACGCCUAAUAAAGACGGCAAGGGUCAUAGCCACGGAAAUAACGACGAGUUUGACUGCGGCGUGUGCUUGAAGGAGCAGUGUCUUUGCGAAGAUAUUGGUCUUAAGCUGAAGCCAGUCGAGGAACAAUUCAAUUCUUUCACCCCUCAGGCAGCUGUGCUGCUCAAGAGCAAGAAGAGAACGCGGGGCUCGCUGCUUUCCAACAGCUCCACGGGCCAGGAAAUUGACUUUACUGCCGAGUUUGCUGUGAAGAAGAUGCCCGACCUCAAGCGUCUCAAGAAGUCGCCUUCGAAGGAGAAGGUCACCGUGAAGAAGGAGCAGGAUUUCCUCAGUAAUCCCUCGUUCAACGAGGAAUCUCCAGUGGAGAACUGUGGUUUCUGCUCUGAUGACACUCCAUGUGUGUGCAGAGAGGCUGCCAAGGAGGCUGCUAGAAUCAACGAAUCUUUAACGCAAAAAGCCGACGAACCAGAACAGACCGAAGAUGCUUCCACAUCGCUCCCGCCGCUUCUUAACUCCUCGGCUAUGCGCAAAGCAUCGUUGCCUGUGAUGCACCCAGGCCCCACUCUCGAAAUUCGUGAAUUCACCAACUUGACACCCGGUGCCGUGCCCACAGUCGUCACCAAGGAAGAGAAGGAAGAGGAAGAAGAGGCCGAGACAAAGUCGGGAUGUACCGGUAACCCAGGAACGUGUGCCCAGUGCCAGACCGACCCAAUGUCCACUUUAUUCUGUACCACAGUCGCCAGCAGAGCUGCCACUUCUAAAGAGCCAAGCGGAGAGCCAGAACCACAAACGCGACCAACGCUUGCCAGACUGGGACCAGAGAAGAAGCUACCGAUUGAGGCUAGUCCAGGCAAAAACGAGCUCGAAGAGACCGAGCCUCUGAAGAACCCUGAACCUCAACCUAGCUCCACAAGCCUCCCCAAUGGCUUCGGUUCUGCCACAACGCCGUCUACGCCCCUUCCUACUACCCCUGGUGGCUCGACCACCGGCAUAUUUAUUCCCUGUGCUGACGCAUACAAGACGCUUUCGAGACACAAGAAGUUCAACAGUGUGGACUUUACCUCGCUUGUGGGCAAGCUUACCACGCGAGGCAUGCAAGUGGAGGUCCAGUCCGUGGCCAAUGUGCUCCGUGAGCUUGACAGGAAGGUGUACGAUUAUACGUCGCUACGCGUGUCGCUGGCAGCAGAGACCCAGGAACCCGUCAGUGUCGAAAGACAAGAUCUAGAGGAACGGCUUGAGGAGCUCCAGCUCGAGAUCAAGAAGCUCAGAACGCUAUAUGGAGGAAAAGAAGAGCCGGAUUACCGUCUCGACCAGGCAUUUGAGGAUCACGAGCUGCUCAGACAGUUUGAAGAGAGUUUGUCUAUUGGAAAGCAUGGGAAGAAGGAUUUGAAACAACGGCUUAGUGAUACUAAGGACGGUGACCAUAGACCACGUGGGGUGCCUUACCAGGACGUUUUUGGCCAUGGACCGCCAGACAGGCUCCACAUCAAAUCUUAUUCAUACAAAGACGGAAAGUACUCGGGUCCUUAUAAUGGAAGAGCUACAAGACGACCGGAUGUGCCCAGGCUCUCGCAUAACCUUAAAAGCGUGCUAUUCCGCCCCGGCGUGCAUUUCCUCAAGGAUCCACGGACAAAGACAUACAAUUUUUCCACCUACCUUGAGAAUAUUGUGAAGUAUGAGAAUUUCGAUUUCGACAAGGUGCAGCCGUUCAUCUCCGUCCCAAAGGAUAAGGUGCUCUUGAACAUGGCAUUAAAACACAACCUUUCCUACUACUCGUCCACGUCGUCCAUGACGCCGAUUCUCACGAAAUUCUACCUUCUUCUCAAUAAUUACAGUGGCACCAAGGAAAGCCCUCGCUUUGAGUUUCCCCGUUUCAACAGAACCGUGCUCGAGCUCCCAGCCUCGGUGAUUGUGCUGCCUAAGGGCAAGAAAAACAAGGCUGGCAAGUCUGUGUAUUCUGUUUCCUCAGAUAAGUCGGGCGAUACAGAAAUCUUGCUUAGCGCCAUGGGACACUGCUUGGAGGCAUUCUUGACAACUACAGAACAAGACUUCAAGAACUACCUUCUCGAUAAUCCAGAAUCACUGAAGGAAGCCGUCAUGAACGAUCAAAAUGCCUAUAGUUACAUUUCCUGUGGCAAGCUUCUUAUGAGAUCGCAGCUUGACUGCUACCAGGAUGGACUUCCUGGAACGGGAACAUUUGACCUCAAGACCCGUGCAGUGUGUGCCAUUCGUCAGGAUAGACUCAGUGAUGCUGCCAACAACACCUACCAAAUCUGGAGACAAACGGGUCCGUACGAGUCCUUUUCUCGUGAGUUUGACGAUUUGAUUCGAACAGGAGCUCUUCUCAAGUACGCUUUCCAGGCUCGAAUCGGACAGAUGGACGGAAUCUUUGUGGCGUACCACAAUAUCCGCAAGUUCUUUGGUUUCCAGUACUUGCCGUUGGAGGAGAUUGACCGUAUUUUCUACAACGAUCUGCAUGUCCAGGCGAAAAUUAUCAACGACAAAGUCAAGCAGAAGGAGGUGACGCUUCCCGAAGACAAUCUUCCCCAAAAAGUCGCUACCCUUCAGUUUAAGGCGUCGUUGGACAUCUGGACGUCUGUGAUGGACAGGGCCAUUGCUGAUUUAGAAGCAUUGGGCUACAAAGAUACGGCGUUCAGGCUCAUUUUCCUGUGGAAGGCAGGUGACGACAAAAAAGGCUCCAAGCUCUAUGCCUCUGCCGUUCCUAUUACGCCAGAGCAGGAAGAAGAGCUACAAACGUUCCUGGGUAAUUUCCAGACCUCUUUCAAGGAAGACAUUACCCAAGAACAGAGAGCCAAAAAUCUCGAACAUUUCAGAAAAGAACUCGACAAACUCAACCUCUCGCUAGCGCAGAAGGCUCCUGUACUUGGGUACACCAUCUUCGUGGACCAGUUCUUCAACGGCAAGAAGCUGUACAAACAACACCCAUACCCCAGCUGUCUGGCGGACCAUUUCGAAGUCAAGUACAAAAUCGCCAAUCCUAUUUGCAGUCAACCGGGGGACCGUAACACUUUCACGAGAGAUCGGUACAUGGACGCCAUGAGAAAAGUUAGCAGUAUGCUUACGUCGUCCAUGCAGCCCAAAGGCACGGAUAAACUGAAAAAUCUGAACGUGGACUUACAAAUUAAUCUUUCCAACAUGGAGCUACUGUUUUCCCACAUACGACCCGAGACGAAUAUGAAGCCCAUCCUCAGUCCCAACAACUCCAACACAUCGCUUAAUCUGCUAUUUUCAAAGAUCGAAACUUCGCCUUUGACCAUCACCUCCUAUACCACCACGCCUUCCACCUCGCCCAUAUAUGAGGUGCCACGUGCUGAAGAGGUUUCCUCGCUUUUACGCAAGAGAGUCGAAUCCAAGACCUUGGUGAUGCUUGUUGGACUUCCAGCUUCUGGAAAGUCCACUGUUUGCAAGCAGUUGGCCACAUUCUUGGAGAACCACGACUACAAGUGCGAGAUUUACAACGCUGGUAACGUCAGAAGACAGCUCAGAAGAACAUUCAGUGACGCUGACUUCUUCAACCCGGACAACGCUGCUGCUCAGGAACAAAGAGAGCAGUUUGCCGCCAUCGCCAUGGAGCAGAUGCUUGAGGACUUCCGUAACAACAGAAUCAACGUCGGCUUUUUGGACGCUACCAACACCACCCGUCGCCGUCGUGACAAGAUGCUUGAGAUCGUCAGAAACUGCGAUGUGUCGUUCUCCAACGUCAUUGUGUUGGACGUCUCUUGCACUGACCAGCGUCUUUUGACCUUCAACGUGAACGGCAAGACCACCAACGGCGACUACACUGGCCGCUCCGUGGCCGAGGCGAUCGCCGACUUCAAGCAGAGGUCAUCUCAUUAUUAUAAGGUUUAUGAGGCUAUUCUGCCCGAAGAGUUGGAGAAGGCCAGCGACGUUGUGUCGACAUACAUCAGCAUUCAGAACGCCAAGAACACUCAAAGCUACAGCAUCAUUUCUGAAAAGCAGCAUGAUGAGGUGGAGGAGUUGUUCUCUGCUUUUGCUGGCAACUACUAUAAGAUGCAUGGAGAGCGUUACCACGCGGCAGUGGACUCGUUCUACAAGUUAUCACAACAGGCAUAA